AUGCUCUGGCUGGUCAGGACCCUUGGCUGCUGCCUCUGCGUGCUGCUACCUGUAGCCUAUGGGUCUCGGUACCCUUUUGCUAAAUUCCCAUCUGGAAGACGCGCGGAUUCUGUUCCGCGACAGGUCAAAACUUUCCGUAGAACGGCCACCUCUCUGGCUGAUGAGCCCUACUCCCGAGGAACUGACAGCUAUUCUUCAGCCAUCUCCCCUACAGACGAUGUUUGCAGGAGCAGGCCCCUGGAUCUUGUGUUUAUUAUAGACAGCUCCCGCAGUGUUCGACCUGAGGAAUUUGAAAAAGUGAAAAUCUUCUUGGCCAAAAUGAUUGACACCUUGGAUGUGGGCGAGAGAGCCACUCGUGUGGCAGUAGUGAACUACGCCAGCACAGUAAAGGUUGAGUUUAAUCUCCGGACAUAUUUUGACAAAGGUUCCAUGAAGCACGCGGUAUCUCGUAUCAGUCCCUUAACUGCGGGCACCAUGACUGGUCUAGCUAUUCAGGCAGCCAUGGAUGAAGCGUUCACAGAAGAAUCAGGGGCUAGACCCCCUUCCCUCAAUAUUCCCAAGGUGGCAAUCAUUGUGACAGACGGUCGGCCUCAGGAUCAGGUACAGGAGGUGGCAUCCAGGGCGCGGGCUUCUGGAAUUGAGAUCUAUGCCGUUGGGGUUGACCGAGCAGACAUACAGUCCCUGCGACUGAUGGCUAGCGAGCCAGUGGAUGAUCACGUUUCUUAUGUGGAGACUUACGGUGUGAUUGAAAAGCUGGCUUUGAAAUUUAGAGAGACUUUCUGUGCUGUGGAUGCCUGUGCACUCGGAACGCACAACUGUGAGCAGAUCUGUGUGAACAGUGACGGAUCCUGGCGCUGUGACUGCUAUGAAGGGUACACCCUGAAUCCAGAUAAGAGGACAUGCUCAACUAGGGAGACCUGUGCCUCUGGAACUCACAAUUGUGAGCAAAUUUGUGUGAGUACUGACGACUCCUGGCGCUGUGACUGUUAUGAAGGGUACACCCUGAAUCCGGAUAGGAGGACUUGCUCAUCUAGGGAGACCUGUGACUCUGGAACUCAUGACUGUGAGCAAAUCUGUGUGAAUACCGACGACUCCUGGCGAUGUGAUUGCUAUGAAGGGUACACCCUGAAUCAGGAUAGGAGAACCUGUUCAAGUAAGAAACUGGAUGUCUGUGCAUCUGGAACCCAUGACUGCCAACAAAUCUGUGUUCCUAGUGGCGGAUCUCAUUAUUGUGAUUGCUAUGAAGGAUACACCCUGAACGCGGAUAAGAAAACAUGCUCAAGAACAUCAAGAAGUAGUCUUUCUUCUGAGGUAACAGAAGAAGCCUGCAAAUGUGAAGCUUUUGUUAAAUUUCACACGCUGGCCACUUCUCAGAAAAAAAAUUAA